AUGUCUACUUUUAAUAGGAGUAAGUCAGUAAACCAGAGGUCCUUGGGUGUUGGAACCCCAAGAAGUGCUAGUUUCGGAAGCCCGAGAGUAAAAUUGAACUCAGUCUCUCGUUGGUUUCGAUGGCUUGUUGUGAUAGGGGCUUUCUUGCCAUUUUCUAUAGCCAUUGCUGGUGGUUACUUUUAUCUUCUUCCGAGUCUCACUCAAGCAUUCCAGGGUUUUGGUAAUUCCAAUGAUUCGACAAAAGAAUGCAAUCUCUUUGAUGGAAAUUGGGUUUUCGAUGAUAGUUACCCUUUAUAUAAUGCUUCAGAAUGUCCAUUUGCAGAACAAGGGUUCAACUGCUUAGGAAAUGGAAGGAGAGAUGAGGAUUAUCUUCGAUGGAGGUGGAAACCCAAGAGUUGCGAUAUUCCACGAUUCAAUGUACAUGAUAUUUUGGAAGGGCUUCGAAAUAAGAGGGUUGUGUUCGUUGGUGAUUCUAUGAGUCGAACACAGUGGGAAUCAUUAAUAUGUUUGCUCAUGACUGGAGUAGAGGAUAAAAACAGCGUUUAUGAAGUCAACAAUCAUAACAUAACAAAACGGAUUAGGUUUUUAGGUGUCCGAUUUAACUCCUUUAAUUUCACAGUUGAGUUCUUUCGCUCAGUUUUCUUGGUGCAACAUGUUUGGAUGCCUAGACAUGUGCCAAGGAGGGUUAGGUCAACACUCAAACUGGACAAGUUGGACGAUAUUAGCAAUCGGUGGGUAAAUUCAGAUAUUCUCAUAUUCAACUCAGGACAUUGGUGGGUUCCAGGGAAGCUUUUUGAAACGGGCUGCUAUUUCCAGGUUGCAAAUACCGUAAAGCUUGGAAUGUCAAUUCCUGUUGCCUUCAGAAUGGCACUGGACACUUGGGCAUCAUGGGUGGAGAAAAUGAUUGAUACAAAUAGAACACGUGUUUUCUUUCGGACAUAUGAGCCAUCUCACUGGAGUGACCAAUCAAAUAGGCUCUGCAAUGAGACCGACCGCCCAAUGUCAGAAACCGGAGGAAAGGACAGAAGCCUAUUUUCAGACACAAUAAUGGAAGUGGUAAAAAAUUUGACAGUUCCUGUAACUGUACUCAAUGUAACCGCCAUGUCAGCUUUCAGGAGUGAUGCACAUGUGGGCAAGUGGAAUGGCAAUCCAUCCAUACCUGAUUGUAGCCAUUGGUGUCUACCUGGAGUACCAGAUAUGUGGAACGAAAUUAUUUUGUCAUACCUGCUAUCCCAGUCAUGA